UGUUGACAAGGGAUUGAGUGAGUGCGUUGUAACGGUGGGCAUGGAGUGGCCUUGUAGCUAGGCUUAUCAUGAUGAUUGAUGAUAUCGGAGUAGAAUUUAUCAUCAAGGCCCAAUUAAGGGGCAGGGCUCGAUCAGCUGUUUGUGUAGUUGGAGCGCGCGGUGGAAGAUGAACAAGCUCAGCAACCUAGCUAGCUAGUCGUAUACCGAUCGAUCGAUCGAUGAAUAUGGAGUCCCUGGCAGCAGGAGCAUGGUGGGUGGUUGUGCUUCUUCUACUCGUCCUUACAAUUGUGGCCUCCUGGUACCGGUCAUGGUGGAAGACGACCGAAGCGGGGGGGCCGCUGCUUCCUCCUCCGGCAGCUGGUGCAGGUCCAUGGUGGGUGUGGGUGUGGCAGUGGCGGGAGACGGCGGCCUUCCUGGCCUCCCAUGGCAGCGGGCGGGGAUUCUACCACUUCGUGCAGGAGCGCUACAAGUUGUACAAGGGGGAGGGGGAGGGGGAGGCAACCUGCUGCUUCCGCACCGCGCUCAUGGGGCGCGUCCACGUGUUCGUGUCCGCCUCCCACCCCGCCGCCUCCCAACUCCUCACCGCCGAACCUCCCCACUUGCCCAAGCGCUACGCCCGCACCGCCGCCGACCUGCUCGGCCCCCACAGCAUCCUCUGCUCCACCUCCCACGCCCACCACCGCCACGCCCGCCGCGCCCUCGCCACCACCCUCUUCGCCACCCCUUCCACCGCCGCUUUCGCCGCCGCCUUCGACCGCCUCGUCAUCCGCCACUGGACUACGCUUCUUCCGCCUCAUAAUCAAAACCAAGUCGUCGUGGUGCUGGACGCCGCUCUCCACAUAAGCUACCGCGCCAUCUGCGAGAUGCUGCUGGGCGCCGGCGGCGGAAAGCUGAGGCCGCUGCAGAGCGACGUGUUCGCCGUCACGCAGGCCAUGCUGGCGCUGCCGCUGCGCUGGCUGCCCGGCACGCGCUUCCGCAGGGGCCUGCACGCCAGGAAGCGCAUCAUGGCGGCGCUCAGGGAGGAGAUGGCGGCCAGAAAUCACCAUCACCAUCACCAUCACCAUCACCACGACUUGCUCAGCGUGCUCAUGCAGAGGCGGCAGCUUGGCCAUCCCGACGCCCUCACUGAGGACCAGAUUCUGGACAACAUGCUCACCCUCAUCAUCGCCGGCCAGGUUACCACGGCCACCGCCAUCACCUGGAUGGUCAAGUAUCUCAGCGACAACCGCCUAAUCCAGGACAAGCUACGGGCAGAAGCAUUUCGGCUGGAGCUUAAGGGUGAUUAUUCUCUUACUAUGCAACACCUAAACGCCAUGGACUAUGCGUACAAGGCAGUGAAAGAGUCGCUGAGGAUGGCCACUAUAGUUUCCUGGUUUCCAAGGGUGGCGCUCAAGGACUGCCAGGUUGCAGGGUUUCACAUAAAGAAGGACUGGAUUGUAAAUAUUGACGCCAGGUCUCUCCACUACGACCCGGAUGUUUUCGACAACCCAACGGUGUUUGAUCCUUCUAGGUUCGACUGUCUGCAGGAAGAGGGAGAGGGAGAUGAUGCGAAGCUUGGGCGUGCACAACCACAGAAGAGGAGGCUGCUGGUAUUUGGAGCAGGCGGGAGGACAUGUCUGGGGAUGAACCACGCCAAGAUCAUGAUGCUUAUCUUCCUACACCGCCUUCUCACCAAUUUCAGAUGGGAGAUGGCAGAUGACGAUCCAAGCCUUGAGAAAUGGGCAAUGUUCCCCAGGUUAAAGAACGGAUGCCCCAUUCUGCUCACACCCAUCCACAAUUCUUGAUAAUGUUCCAGAUUAAUUAGAUUCUUCAUGAUGACUUGUGGACCGUGGCUGCCUAGCUACUUUAUCUGUUUAAUUAGUAAGGUAGUAUUAACAAAAACUGCUGUCAAUUUAUUCGAAACUAGCGGUAUUGUACUGUAACUAAUAGCCUAGAGAUGGAAUUCGGAGGAAGGAUAUUCCUUUGUUAUUUGUAAUAAAUAAAAAAGACCUGCUAUCUGGAGUAGAUGUAUCAAGACUAUUCAUGGUAAA